ACGGUAGGAAAGUGCACACAGGCUGCACACGACGUUUCGGCAGUCGCCUUCAGGCUUCGCCGAAGUCUAAUAGUAAGAGUGCAAAAGGCUUCGGCGCGACCUGUUUCGAUCAGCACUGGCAGCACUGAGCAGACGGUUCACCGUUCAGCUCCAAUUACAAAGAGGAGCUGUUGGCUCGAGCAACUUGGAAACAAUGGCGCAACAAGGUUAUCCUCCCAUUCACGGUCAUGGUUACCCUUCUGCUCAGCCUGUUCAGGGGGGCUACCCAUCAGCUCAGCCCGUGCAGGGAGCUUAUCCGCCUGCUGUCCCCGUCUACGUGCAGUCUGGGCCAGUCGCUCCAAGUCAAUGGCAGGCGGGACUCUGCGAGUGGUACAAGGACUUCGGUCUUUGCAUUGUUACGUGCUGCUGCCCUUGUAUUACGUUCGGGCAGACCGCGGAGAUCAUUGACAAUGGCAUCACAAGUUGCGCCUCCGCUGCCGCAAUCUGUUUCCUGAUCCAGGCCGUUGCAGGCUGUGGUUGCCUCUACACGUGCGGCUUCCGCUCCAAGCUGCGCGCCAAGUUCGGCCUGCCGGAGAGCCCCUGCAAUGACUGCUGCACUCACUGGUGCUGCUCAUGCUGCGCAUUCGUUCAGGAGUACCGCGAGCUCAAGCUGCGGGGGUUUGACCCUUCCAAAGGCUACCAGGCAAGCGCCCCCCAGCAGGCCAUGGUCCAGCAGGUCCCGAUGCAGCAGUAUAUGCAGAAGUAAGGAAUAAAGCUAUGAAGGCCGCAUCAGCACGAUAUGAUGUUCUUCUUUGACCAGUACUUAGCAGGACACUCAGUUGAGCUUGUUGGCUAUGAACGUAGCGGUGUUAGAACCUUCGUUGAGUAGUAAACGCGAAUGCAGAGUUUGCUGAGGUCAACCUUGUUAAAGGCUUCAUACCUUCAUACAAGGAAGGUUUCGUACCUAGUCGUUUCCAAGAGCGGACACAAAAGGUAGCACUUUGUUACUGAAGCUGCCGAAACAAUUCUUUAAGUUUGGCUAUCUAAUUGCUUCUUCAAUAGUCGAACCUGGUGGAACGAACUUUGCGCAUACACAACUCUAGCUAUACUGAAGUGGCAAGGCCUGACGUUGUGCUUCCUAAGAAAAAUUGGAAGGCUGUAGGUUAACUUUGUGACACCUUUGGCUUGUAAAAGCAGUGCAUAUAUUGGAUCAAUUUGGUAUGCUUGAAAGUAGUUGGUUUUCGCUGGGAGGCACUGGAUUAACCGUUAUGGGUUGUCGGAUCUGCUUGACUUGAAAUCCUUUCUAAUAAUUGCCCUUGGAUGAUGCUGGAUUUAACACGGAUCAGCUUUACUCUACUAGUGACGUUUUAUCUG